GUGAGUUCCUAACUGAGCCUAGUCGAAAACUGCAAUUUCACUUCAAACAAGUCUGAGAUGAUGACCUCCUUUAUGCUUAAUAGCCUCACACAGCCUUCCCACUUGGUUAUUUUGCAUGCCAUGGGCAAGUAUACUGAGAAACGAUUUCUCUGUCAGACUUCGUCUACGUUUGCGUUACGGUUGAAACUUCAAGUCGUGCAGGCGCUACUGAAGAAAUCAACUAUUAGUGAGGUCCAACGUCGGACCGUUCGGUUGCAACUCGUCCUCUCAGAGCCACUUUGAUGAUUGGGGGGGACGGAGUUGAAAACUCGGGAGCCAAAAAAAGACCGCGACGAUGACCUGGAGUCUGAUAGUUACGCAGAGUGCUUCAUACACGUCAGUGAUUCCAUGCCCCCUUUGAAGCAAAGAAAACAACCCCAGCAACUCCAACCGACAGGCUACACAUAUCCAAUGACAUCCCAACUUGUCGAAACAAAUUUCUUAUGCUCAGGUGCCCGGCGUAUCUGUAAAUAGAUGCCGUAUCUCAAUGAAUGACC